GAAACCAGACUGUUUCUAGAGAGAGAAAGUGCGUUUUUAUUGAGAGAAACUGCGAACAUUGUUAUGGGAGGUGGAGGUGGUUCAAUCGGAGGAGCGAUUGUGCCGUCGAUGAAGUCUGGACUGCCUGAACCGUCAACGGAGAUACCAGCUCCUGCUCCACUUCCACCACCACCACCACUACCACUACCACCGGUGUCUCAUCAGCCACAACCGCCGCAGGUUCCGGCGUCGGAUUGGGCGGGAGUGGAGGUUAGGGAGGAAGGUUCUGAGGAGGUGGAGACGGAUAAAGAUGUAUUGUGUCCGAUAUGCAUGCAGAUAAUCAAGGAUGCCUUUUUAACAGCAUGUGGUCAUAGUUUCUGUUACAUGUGCAUUGUGACGCAUCUUCAGAACAAGAGCGAUUGUCCAUCUUGUGCUAGUUAUCUCACCACGAAGCAGCUUUUUCCUAAUUUUUUGCUUAAUAAGCUAUUGAUCAAGGCUUCAGCACAAAUAGCAAAACAUGCUUCUCCUACUGAACAGCUUCGUCAAGCACUUCAGCAGGGAUGUGAUGUGUCGGUCAAGGAGCUGAACAUCCUCUUGGUUCUUCUUGCUGAGAAGAAAAGAAAAAUGGAGCAAGAAGAAGCUGAGACAAAUUUGCAAGUUAUGCAUGACUUUUUGCAUUGCUUACGGAAGCAAAAGCUUGAAGAGCUUAAGGAGAUACAAAAUGAUCUUCAGUACAUUAAAGAAGACAUAAAUGCUGUCGAGAGAGACAGAGUAGAACUUAAUCGAGCAAGAGCAAGAUACUCGAUAAAACUAAGGAUGCUUUCUGACGAUCCUACUGUAAGAUCAUCGUGGCCUUCAUUGAUGGACAAACGUAACAACAGCAAUAUGUUUAUUGGCAACAGUGUUCAAGGCCAAUUCUGGCUGGGUGCAGGAGGUUCGCAAAGUAGGGCAGCUGAUGUUCAUGCUCCUGUAAGCUCUCAAACAGUUCAAAGAAAGGAUGCUUGUAAUGGGUCAGAUUCACAAAAUACUCAACCAGGAGCAACUGUAGCAAGUAAGAGGCGUGUUCAUGCACAGUUCAACGACUUGCAAGAGUGUUACUUGCAAAAGCGGAGGUAUUGGGCUAGACAAGCGCAGAAACAGGAAGAAAAAGAUUGCAAUCCGAUACCAAGAGAGGGUUAUCAUCCAGGACUCGAGGAUUUUCAGUCCGUGCUUUCUUCCUUCACACGAUACAGUCGGUUGCGGGUUGUUGCUGAACUUAGGCAUGGGGAUCUUUUCCAUUCAGCAAAUAUUGUAUCAAGCAUCGAAUUUGACCGAGACGAUGAACUUUUUGCUACUGCUGGAGUUUCACGACGUAUAAAGGUUUUCGAAUUUGCUACUGUGGUGAAUGAACAAGCAGAUGUGCAGUGCCCUAUAGUUGAAAUGCCAACACGAUCCAAACUUAGUUGUUUAAGCUGGAACAAGUACACAAAGAACCAUUUAGCGAGUAGUGAUUAUGAGGGUAUUGUGACUGUAUGGGAUGUAACUACUCGCCAGAGCAUUAUGGAGUACGAGGAGCAUGAGAAACGAGCAUGGAGUGUUGAUUUCUCACGCACUGAGCCUACAAUGCUAGUAUCCGGAAGUGAUGACUGCAAGGUCAAGAUUUGGUGUACAAAGCAAGAGGCAAGUGUCCUUAAUAUUGAUAUGAAAGCAAAUAUUUGUUCAGUCAAGUAUAAUCCUGGAUCUAGUUUUCACGUUGCAGUGGGUUCUGCAGAUCAUCACAUUCAUUAUUAUGACCUGAGAAAUAUAAGUCAGCCAUUGCAUAUAUUUAGCGGACACCGGAAAGCUGUUUCGUAUGUAAAAUUCAUAUCCAAUUCUGAGCUUGCUUCUGCGUCUACUGACAGCACGUUGCGCUUGUGGGACGUCAAGGAAAAUACGCCACUGCGGACUUUUAGAGGACACACAAACGAGAAGAAUUUCGUGGGUCUAACCGUGAAUAAUGAAUACAUAGCCUGUGGCAGUGAGACUAACGAAGUUUUCGUCUACCAUAAGGAUAUCUCGAGGCCUGCAGCAUCGCAUAGAUUCCGUUCUGAAACAAACGAAGGGGAGGAGGAAGGCGGAUCGUACUUCAUUAGCGCGGUCUGUUGGAAAAGUGAUAGCCCAACUAUGUUAACAGCAAACAGUCAAGGAACAAUCAAGGUUCUUGUCCUUGCUGCAUAGAAUCUAUCCUUGUGUUUUAGGUUAGCUUUUUUUAGAGGCAUGAAAAGAUGGAUGGUGUCACACAUUGUAUAUAUUGGGUUAAGACGCAGUUUAAUCAUGGGUUGGGUGCUGAACCACACUCCAAAUUUUGUACCAAG